GUGCCGGCCGUGAGGCGGCGGCGAUGGCGGCGGUGCUGGAGCUCGGGGGCGGCGGGCCCGCGGCGGGGUCCGGGACGGGCUCGGGGCCGUCGCUGGGCCGGGGCGGCCUGGAGGUGCUGCAGCACACGGUGGGGUCGCUGCUGUCCAGCUAUGGCUGGUACAUCCUCCUGGCCGCCGUCGCCGUCUAUCUGCUCGUGCAGAAGGUGUCCCGGAGCCUGGCGGCGCGGCCGGGCGCCCGCGGAGCGGCCGAGGCGGCGGAGGAGCCCGAUGUGGUGGUGAGAAGGCAGGAAGCUUUGGCAGCAGCUCGCCUCAGGAUGCAGGAGGAGCUGAAUGCACAAGCAGAAAGAUACAAAGAAAGACAAAAACAGCUUGAAGAAGAGAAGCGGAGGCAGAAGAUAGCGAUGUGGGAAAGCAUGCAAGAGGGGAAGAGCUACAAAGGAAACCUGAAGCUGAAUCAGCAAGAAGCAGAGUCUGGUGCCUCCACCUCAGCGGUCCCGAAAUCUAAACCAAACAAGAAGCCUUUGAGAGGAGGGGGCUACAACCCACUGUCUGGAGAAGGAGGUGGAACGUGUUCCUGGAGACCAGGCCGGAGAGGCCCGUCAGCAGGUGGAUGAGGUUAACCUCCCCAGUGCCCCAUGGCACUAGCAGCCUUGAUCUUACCCACUGUCUACCUGCCUACAGCUUGCCUGUCACAGGGACUCCUUUGGGGCUGGUUUAGUGCUGGUGGUCACUUAAAACAGAUUCACACCCUUUCCAAACUGCGUUGGAUGGUCCUACCCAAGAGGAGUACCUGAUCCUCUUAGAGAGGACAGAGAAGCAAUUCCCAGUGUAAUCAGUUCAUUUUCACUCCAGCCAAGGUGAAUCACCUGGAAUUGGGAGAUCUGGGCUCUCUGGCUGUUCACAGCACUGGCCUCAGGCAAAUUUAAUGAUCUCUGUUUACCUCUGCAAAAAUGAGGAUGUUUGCCAUCCUCAGACGUGUGUUACCAGAUCUGAGAGGAAGGAUAUUAUCAUUGGCAGACACUUUGAAUUUAGGCAGAGGGACUUCCAGGAAAAACACAGGUGAUCUGACAAAGGCCACGGAUUUGCACCGUGGCCAGUUAUUGCAGAAGAGUCUCUGUAACGAGUCAGCUUGAAUGACGUUUCCCUCAUAAAUGGUAAACAAACCAGUGAGGUUAACUGAUGCUAGACAUGCUAGACAGCAGAUGGGGGGAGGGGGGUUCUUGCUAUUCCUUUUCUUUUUUUUUUCUUUUUUUUUAUUUCAACUGCUUUGUAAAAACAAGACAUUAUUAAUAUUAAAUAUAAUUGCAAACCAAUGAUAAA